CUGCAGUUGAUAGAUGAAUCGCCGAUUGUUGAUUUUGCGUCACUGACUCUGAUUACUUUGGGGAAUGGUUAUUGGGAGUCGAUGAGGAUGGAUUGGACUAACAGUGCUGGGAAUUCAUGCCUGUAUUUUGGUGAAAUAUCCUCCUCCAGGUUCAUAAUUCACAGGAUAUAGGGCGAACUAGUUGGGUACUCUACUGUUCAUCAUCUGGUUAUUGCUAGUCUUUGGCAAUAAUGAGUCACCGAAUCAGCGAUGAGGUGAUAGAAAGGGUUACAGAGGAAAUCAGAAGUGGGCAUUCCUCUCGUCGACAUGACAGGGCUUUGCCACAUAUCCACAAGGUGGGUACUCCUCCUAAGCAAAAUGUUCUCAAAGAGAUCAAAGAAACUGCAAUGGAAACUUUCUUCGCAGACAAGCCCCUAAGCCACUUUAAGGGCCAACCUGCAUCGAGAAAGUUGGUUCUUGGCCUGCAAGCAGUGUUCCCCAUCCUUCAAUGGGGAAGAGGUUACGAUCUUAGUAAAUUUAAAGGGGAUCUCGUUGCUGGACUUACCAUUGCAAGUCUCUGUAUUCCUCAGGAUAUUGCAUAUGCAAAGCUUGCAAAUUUGAAGCCACAGUAUGGACUCUACUCCAGCUUUGUGGCUCCUCUUAUCUAUGCUUUUAUGGGAAGCUCAAGAGAUAUAGCCAUAGGACCAGUGGCUGUGGUAUCCCUUUUGCUUGGAACUAUGCUGACGGAUCAGAUCAGUGACUUUGAAAGUCAUGACUAUCUUCGUCUUGCAUUCACUGCCACCUUUUUUGCUGGAAUCACUCAAAUGGCACUUGGAUUUCUCAGGCUUGGUUUCCUGAUUGACUUCUUGUCUCACGCUGCCAUUGUGGGAUUCAUGGCCGGAGCUGCCAUUACUAUAGCCUUGCAACAGCUUAAAGGAUUGCUUGGCAUAAAAAACUUCACCAAGAAAAGUGACAUAAUUUCUGUCAUGCGCUCAGUUUGGACUAACGUGCACCAUGGGUGGAAUUGGCAGACGAUAGUCAUUGGGUUAGCAUUCUUGGCUUUCCUCCUUACAGCCAAGUACCUGGCUAAAAAGAAUAAGAAACUGUUUUGGCUAUCUGCACUUGCUCCUUUGGCGUCUGUUAUAGUGUCCACCUUUUUUGUUUACAUCACCCGUGCAGACAAGGAAGGCGUUGCAAUUGUGACACACAUAGAGAAGGGAGUGAAUCCAAUAUCUGCCGGUGAUAUUUUCUUCAGUGGAAAAUAUCUUGGCCCUGGUAUUCAGAUUGGCGUGAUAGCUGGUUUGAUUGCACUCACAGAAGCUGUGGCAAUUGGGAGAACAUUUGCUGCCAUGAAAGAUUAUUCAGUUGAUGGUAACAGAGAAAUGGUGGCCAUGGGAACAAUGAAUCUUAUUGGUUCACUGACAUCUUGUUAUGUAUCCACAGGAUCUUUUUCACGCUCAGCAGUGAACUACAUGGCUGGCUGUCAAACUGCUGUGUCAAACAUCGUUAUGUCCAUCGUUGUGUUAUUAACCUUAGUGUUCAUUACACCACUGUUUAAGUACACCCCAAAUGCAGUGCUUGCUUCUAUUAUAAUAGUAGCUGUGAUAGGCCUCAUUGACAUUGAUGCAGUCGUUCUGCUAUGGAAGAUUGACAAGUUUGAUUUUCUAGCCUGCAUGGGAGCCUUCUUUGGCGUGAUUUUCAAAAAUGUUGAGAUUGGCCUUCUUAUCGCGGUGGUCAUAUCCUUUGCUAAAAUCCUUUUACAAGUGACAAGGCCGAGGACAGUAGCACUUGGGAAGCUUCCAGGGACCAAGGUAUACAGGAACAUCUAUCAAUACCCAAGUGCUAGACAGAUCCCCGGAAUGCUAAUUAUUAGAGUUGACUCUGCAAUCUACUUCUCAAACUCUAAUUAUAUCAAGGACAGAAUUCUGAGAUGGCUGCAAGAUGAAGAUGAAGGAAGGAAAGAAAGUAGUUUUCCCACAAUAGAAUAUCUGAUUGUUGAAAUGUCACCUGUUACUGACAUUGACACUAGUGGCAUCCACGCCUUUGAAGAUCUAUACAAGAGCCUACAGAAAAGAGGGGUCCAGGUAAUACAUACUUUCUGUUCUUGAAGAUUUAACUGCUUAACUCUAUCUAUAAUGAUCUUAUGCACUUUAAAUGAUUAGAUAACACUAUCUCUAGGUUUGUCAUUCAAUAGCUUGAGUUUUAGGAUGAAUUAAUUAAAUUGAUAUUAGAUCAAGGAUCAAGCCCAGGAGGCACAUAUAAAUAUGUUGUGCCUGUUCUUUACUAAUAACCCUUUAUUCAAGCCUAACAUGAUUUGAUGCGAAUAAACAAUCUUUGCAAUAUCUGGUUGUGAUAUUAUUCAUAU